CAUGGAACUCGGUGCGCAGGAGAAGUGGCAGCUGCAGCUAACAAUGGAGUUUGUGGCGUCGGUGUGGCCUAUAAUGCAAAAAUUGGAGGAGUUCGCAUGUUGGACGGAGAAGUGACAGAUGUGGUGGAAGCUCACUCUCUGAGCAUCAACCCCCAGCACAUCCACGUAUACAGCGCCAGCUGGGGCCCAGAAGAUGACGGGAAGUCACUGGAUGGCCCUGCCAAGCUGGCCAAGGAGGCUUUCCUCCAGGGAAUUACCAAGGGCCGCGGCGGACUGGGCUCCAUUUUCGUCUGGGCCUCGGGGAACGGCGGGCGGGAGCAGGACAGCUGCAACUGCGACGGCUACACCAACAGCAUCUACACCCUGUCCAUCAGCAGCACCACGCAGUCCGGGAACGUGCCCUGGUACAGCGAGCCCUGCUCCUCCACGCUCGCCACCACCUUCAGCUCCGGAAAUCCAGGGGAGAAACAGAUAGUGACCACAGACCUGAGGCAGAAAUGCACGGACUCCCACACGGGAACAUCUGCCUCAGCCCCACUGGCUGCUGGGAUCAUCGCUCUGGCUCUGGAGGCAAACAUGAACCUAACCUGGAGGGACAUGCAGCACCUCGUGGUGAGAACGUCUCAGCCGGGGCACCUGAGCGCCGCGGACUGGAAGGCCAACGGAGUGGGACGCAGAGUGAGCCAUUCGUAUGGUUAUGGGCUCCUGGAUGCAGGUGCUAUGGUCGAUUUGGCACAGAACUGGACUACAGUGGAGCCACAGCACCAGUGUGUCCACACAAUGCUGACCGAGCCAAGAGACAUCGGAAACAAGCUGGUGUUCAGCAAGAGCGUGGACGCCUGCUGGGGGAGGCCGGAGUACGUCAGGUCUCUGGAGCACGUUCAGGCUCGCCUCACUCUCUCCCACAGCCAGAGAGGAAAAUUGGCCAUUCAUCUGGUGAGCCCACUGGGCACGCGUUCCACCCUGCUGUUCCCGAGACCUAAUGACUACUCCUCAGAGGGGUUCAACGACUGGGCCUUCAUGACCACCCACUCAUGGGAUGAGGAUCCUCAGGGAGAGUGGUCCCUAGAAAUCGAAAACACAGCAGCCAACGGGCGUGACUAUGGCGUGUUGAGUCAGUUCACCCUCAUCCUGUGGGGCACGGGGCCCAGCGUCAUCAACCCGUCUUCCCCCGACUUCCCUCGUCCCUCCAACAACAGCUGCAAGACCUUUGAUGCCCAGCAGAUCUGUAUCGAGUGCAGCCCCGGCUUCUCCCUCUUCCUCCAGGGUUGUGUGAAGCUGUGUCCCCUGGGCUUCACCUCCGGGCUGCAGCUGCUCAACCUCUCCCUGGAGAACUGGGUGGACUUGUCCUCCGUGCAGGCCUGCCUGCCCUGCAGCCCAGCCUGCCUCACCUGCUCCGGCACGGGGCCCACAGACUGCCUGUCCUGCCCGCCCCACAGCCGCCUGGUACUCACUUCCUGUCUGCACCAGAACCAGGUCCAGCGGAAAUCCCCUCUCACGGGGGGGCUGCGGGGCGGCGGAGCCCAGCAGGAGGUGAAGGAGCCAGCAGCAGCAGCAGAUCCCAGCAGCGCAGGAGGAGGAGGAGGAGGAGGAGGAGCUGAGGAACCCCCGGGCCUCAGCGGGACUGCGCCCACUCAGCUGCCGGUCGUGGUGGCGGUUCUCAGCUGUGCCUUGGUCCUGGCGGCCUUCGCCGGGGUCUUCUUCUUGCUGCAGAUGCGCUCGAGCGGCGCCCCCCUGGGCCUGAGGACCAAACUGCCCUCCCUGUUCUCACAGAGCAGGGCGAUGGGGGGGGGCUUCGGCCUGGGCCCCCGGCAGAGACGGGAGAGGAAGGCUCGGAUCUGCUACAAGGGCAUUCCCACUGUGUGGGCCGAUGAGGACACGAUCACCUACCAGUCUGAAUCAGACAGCGAGGAGGUGGACGCUCACAGCGAGAGGACAGCUUUCAUAAAGACUCAAAGCUCAAUC